GGUGGCAUGGAUUAAAUCUGAUUCAAAAGCAAUACUUGGUAUACACACACACAUGGUCUCACUAAACCCAAGAUUAUCGGUGACACAUAACGGCCACAAUACCUGGAAGCUUCACAUAUCACGUGUACAGAUAAACGACUCCGGCAGCUACAUGUGCCAAGUUAAUACAGAUCCUAUGAAAAGCCUUUCCGGAUACCUAGAUGUAGUUGUGCCGCCAGAUAUUUUAACCCAUCCAGAACAUAAUUCUGAGGAAAGUGUCAGCACAGAGGGAGGAAGUAUUUCGCUCGUAUGCAGUGCGACAGGUGUUCCAAAACCAAAGGUUCAAUGGAGACGUGAAGCAGGGAAGGAAAUUAUACUUCGCGCAGAAAGCAGAGAUAAACAAGGUUUGUUUAAUAGGUAUCACCGAAAAAAUAUUUAAAAUAUAGAAUCGGAAAUUUUAACAUUUUUAGAGGGCUUACAAUACUAGUUAAGGUCUAAAGUCAUUUUAUAAACCUAUUGCGUGUUCUUUGUGGUGCCGCAACUG